AAACCUGACACGAGUCCACGGCCUAUCUCAAACAAGAAACCCAAUUCAUCUUCUUCCCUUCCCCGAUCCCCAAUCACAGAAUCCCUAACCCUAAAACCGCCGGCACCACCGCCGCCACGAUGCUCCGCUCCCCCGGUCACUCACCACGCGACCUCUCCCCCUCACCCUCGCCCGCCCCCUCCACUCCUCACCCCGUCUCUCCCACCCCGUCCUCCACCUCCGCCUCCACCCUCGCCACCACCUCCUCCAAGCGACGCCGCCCGGAGGUGCUCGACGAGGACGCCUACGUCGUCGCCAUCGAGCGCAUCAUCGAGAGAGACUUCUUCCCCGACCUCCCGCGCCUCCGUGACCGCCUCGACUGGCUCCAGGCCGUGCGCUCCCGGGACCCGCUUCUCCUCCGCGACGCCCAGCUCAAGAUCCUCGAUCGCCGCCGCCGCCUCCAGCGUAACGGGCCCCUUCCCACCCCGACGCCUGCCACCUCCACCGCGCUCCGCUCCCCGUCCUUCCUAUCGACCCCCUACGUCGCUCCCUCCGCCACCGGUGCAGGCGCCCCCGAGGAUGAGGACGAGGACGUCUCUGCUGCGCUCUCCCUUGACGACUUCUUCCGCCGUUACACCAGUGAGGACAACGAAUCCUUCUCGCGCAUCCUUGAGAAGGUCAACCACCGCCGCCGCGAGCGCUAUGCCCACCUCCUGGAACCUGGCGAGCAGGCUGAUAAACAGUUGUUGGAGGAUGCCAAGCGCGACAGGAUAACUGAUGGCUAUGGUACAUCAGGGCAGCCGCUGAGUACAUUGGACGGUGCCAAGUUUAUGUCCAAGAACCUGCUCAUGUACCACCCGGCUGACCGAGGGGAAGCGUCGCUCACUGAUGAGGAGCUUGCCGAGCGGCUGAAGGGCCUCACCAAGGAAAUUGACAGGUCAAACACCAGGUUCCACGGGAAGGCCCCGGUUGAAGAUGGGAAGCCCAAGGAGGAGGAGGCAGCUGCUAUUCUGUAUGCUCUGGUUGCAGGCUCCACUCCUGGAGGAAUGGCGUACCACGAUCCUGACAAAGCAAAGAAGUAUGAUUUGGAGGAUCUGAGGAAGACGCCAAAUCCGUUUUACAUUGACUCAGGGAAGAAGGCAGAAAAUGGGUAUAGUUUUGUGAAAACACCAUCGCCAGCACCUGGUGUAGACGAAUCCCCAUUCAUGACGUGGGGUGAGAUUGAUGGAACUCCACUGAGAUUGGAUCCUGAUGAGACACCAGGCGGUUCUGGGGGUAGUGAGAGGGCACAUUUCAAGAUCCCACCUCCACCUGUUCGGGAUGUGAAGGCACACCUGCUGUCAAGGGAUGCUGCACGGAAGAUAAAGGCACGUACUAAUAUGUUCCACAAGCCACCGCUACCAUCCCCUGUAAGAGGAGGCAGUGCAAGCCCCAGGACCCUGUCUCCUGCUGCUCAGAAGUUUGUGAGGAAUGCCAUCGCAAAGUCAACACGAACCAUUGAUGAGUCCCUCCGUGCAAGUUACAGAGGGUCAACACCAUCUGCAAGCACUCCAAAGACAAGGUUUUCAACAGAUCCGGGCUUGGGAUCACAGUCUCCCUCGACGAGGAAGGGUUCUACCCCUCCCUGGUGAUUUCAGUAAACCUGAAUGGUCUUCCCUGUAUUGUAUCAAAUUAUAUAGCAAAAAAGGAACUGGUUUUUAAAAUCUUGGAAGUUCGAAUCCUAAAGGAUAAAAGCGAUAGUGUCUCAAGUCGGAAGUGUCAAUCCUGAAGAGAGAAAAACAACAGGCUUCAAACUACACUAGUCGUUCCAGUAGCAUGUGAAUUUCUUUACUCAUUACAUUUCUUCGUUGAAUGAUCUCGUAUCAUAAAUUGGUAGUAUUGCAAGUCUCAUUUGUAUCAGCUGUACUAGAAGGAGUAUAUAAAUUGCUAGUGUUUGGCCCACUUUUGUUUUGAUGAUUCACGUGCCAAAUAUAUUGAAGAUAAAAAAACGCUAGUGUUUGGCCUAAGUGUCACUUAAUUUUAUUGAGGAAAUGAAGUGGAACAAA